AUGUCGCGCAGUUGUAAUGCUGCUUCCGAGCAGGGAAGCAGCAACGGCUGGAAGGAGACGUACCGCUCGACGGCCGAAUCCGUUGAGUCAUUCGAGGAUUCCGCCGAUUCGGACAACUCCUCGAGCAGCAGCCACGCUAGUCGCAGUCAGUCGGGCUCCAGUCUGCAGCCGCCCAUUGGCUGCAUCACCACGCACAGCGUCUCCGCGGUCAUCAGGCCUGAGAAGAAGAUGCCGCCCAUUGAUCCGCUGCAGUUUGUCAAGAUACAGAAGAAUGAACUCAGCAAAAAGGCGGUGGAACAGAUUAAAUUGGCAGAAAAGGUGAAGAUCACCAAGGAGAAGAUUAAAGAGGUCGAAGAGGAGUGGCAGAACAAUCUCAUGAGCUGGAAGUCAAAGAGGAAGCUGACCAAGAACAAUUCAGAAGAUGAACUGGUGCUGUCGCGCAACACCAACAGAAAGACGAAAACAUUUUCGGAAAUUCUCAACGAGAAGGCGCGUUCUGGUGGACGGAUCGGCUACAACUUGCAUCGAUAUGCAGAUGUAGAGGACGCUGAAGAGGAGAUGAAGAGAAAUGAAGAGCGCAAAGCAACAAUCGCCGCUUUCACCGCUUACAGCGAUUACAGUAAGCAGCUGUACCAGUCGCAAACACAGGAAUACUUUCAGCAGUACGAAUCGGAUCAGUUUGACGAGGAGAACAUGACCUUUGACCAGCUCGCCGCUGCCGCCGCCUCUGCCUCUGAGCUUUCCUUUGAUCCAACUGAGUCCAACUUGAAUCGACUCCUGAAGACGAAUGCCGUUGAGCAGUACAGCGAGGAGGAGAUGUGCCGCAAGGGCCUUGGAACAGUGGUCGUCUUUGACACCACUCUCCUCCAGGAGUUUUCCGUUAAGUCAGACGGCUGUGAUGUUAAACAAGUGACUGGACGCGAAACGGGUGCCAAUGAAAUGAGUAGUGAGGUAUCACAACAACAAUACCAACAGCAACUGCAACAGCUGCAGCAACAGCAAUCUCGGGCAUUUAACACCCCAGCACAGUUUGAGGGCACAAUGCCCGAACCAGCUUACCCGAGCACCCAAAUUGUAUCAAGUCAAUCUCAACCGCAAUGUAACGAGUUUAAUCAGGAAGCUCCGUUGAUGAACAACAACAGCAAUUCAAUGGCAACCAUUCCACAACAGCAUCAGCAGCAGCCAUUGAUUCAAAAGAAAGUGCACGUCCCCAUAAACGACUGGAAGUCUAGCCAGGGCAAGUCGCCUAAGCAGUCAGUGCCUUCUUCAGAUGAUGACGCCGCCGCUGCCGCUCACCACAACAGCAGCUUUGAAGUGGAAGACGAGGAGGACGAGCUGGAUGAAGAGCUAGAACGCCUGCGACUAGACCAGGAGCGCUCCUUUAAGGCGAAGCUGUACGCCUUUGAGAACUUGGCUAAACAGGAAGAGGAGGCAGCUCGAAAGGCAGCCGAGUCGUCCCGACGCCGACAGCAAAGCCGACAAGCGAAGCUGGCCGCAGAGCGGUCAAAGUCGCUGGGAAACAUUCAGCAGAGCAGCAGCUCCUCUUCGCACCAGAAGACGCCCGUCUCUGCUUCAUAUUCAAUUUCGAGCUCAUCAAUUCCUGCCACUCACCAGUCGGUCGCCGGCAGCAGCGGCAACAGCAGCAGCAGCUUCUCGCCUGAAACCUCGGCUACAGCGGCGCCAACAACCAAAACACAUCUGGAGAGUCAGUCUAAAUCAAUGCAAAAUCUCAACUCCAGUUCAAUCUCUCCGGAGUACUCUCUGCUGUCGACCAGCAACUCCACCAACAGCACUGUUUACAACUUUACCGAGAAGGCGCAGAGGUCUCAUCAGGAUGUGGAAGCACAGGCACAGGUUUCAGCUAAAGCAGAGCAGCCCAAGAUGAACAGUGUUCAGGCACUGCAGAAACAGCAGCAGCAGACAUUGGUGAAGCAGGUGGAUUACCCUGGUGCUGCUGGUAGUCACCUCAACAGUCAACCACAGUCUGUGCCCAUCAGUCAGCAACAGCAGCAGGCACAAAACAUUUACGAAAACAUAACCCCUUUGGGUUUUCCCAUUCAGCAGCCACCUCAACCGACUCCGCCUGCAGCGGCACCAGCGCCGAUACAGCAACAGCACUUGCCCCUAGACCCGGUGGCGGAUUCGAAUGCCAUUCGAAAUGCCUCUCAGAAGCUACUUCAGCAACAGCAGCAGAUCUACCAGAAUCAGCCCUUGCCGUACCAAUCUCAGCCGCAGCAGCAGCUUCACUAUCCACUUGAUUCCUAUUCAAAUGUGCCGCCCAACUUUGCCUAUCAACAGGCGAAUCUUAUGCAGCCGCAGCAGCUUCCAGUCCCUUUGCAGCAUCCAAUUCAGCCGACAGACAGCAUUCUAAACGACAAGGUGAUCAAUCCCGUUCCCAUUCGUGGCUAUCCCAUCGUUGACGAUGUGGGCCUGCCGCCAAUUCAAAUUACGAAAAGCAUCCAGUCAGGCACUAGCAAGCCUUACAACCAAAUGCAGCCCUCAAUUCCAGUGGCAGCAGCUAAACAACCAGAGGAGGAGCAUCUUUACGUCAAUCAGAAUCAGCUAAUGCUUAAUCCUUCCGGAAAAAGUCUCACUUCAGCUGGGUACCAGUAUGAUUACCACCCAAGCUCGGCUACUUAUGAAAAUUACAACCCGGCACUUCACUAUCAAACAGAGCCAAACUACGAAAACAAAACGCUAAUUCAGAAGCGAGUGGAAGACGUUUCGAACGGAAAUGCAGCUUACCAGCAUGAGCAGUUUCCGCCUCAGCAAAUGAAUGCCUAUCCGAACACUUCAAAUCAGUAUUUGUACUACCCGAAACCAUAUUCAGCCUCUAGUGCAUCACUGAAACCCAUCACCAAGCAGCAAUUGCAGCAGCAGCAGCAGAUGCAACAACAACAGCAACCACAAGUGCCCCAGCAGAUGAUGCCAACAGUUCCAGUUAGCCAAAACAACGGUGCCCGGUAUGCACCGAACGCCUACAGUGGCCAGCAGCAGCAGCAGCAGCAACAGCAGCCACGAGUUGCCUACAACCAGAACCACUGGCUGCUGCAGGAGGCAGAGCUGAGGCGACAGCUGGACUCGAUGGAGUCCAGUUCGGGUGGCUGGCUGAAGAACGCUGCCAACGGCAUGCCGCAGCAGCAGCCUCAGCACCCCAAGAACGUAACGCCCUCGGUGUCGGGCAAGAAAAAAUGCUCCUGCUGUAUGGAAGAGCUGGGAAAGGGCUGUGCGGCCAUGGUCGUCGAGUCGCUGUCGCUCUUCUAUCACAUCAACUGCUUCCGAUGUUCAGUCUGUAAUGUGCAACUAGGAAACGGAACAGUGGGCACUGAUGUUCGUGUGCGCAACAACAAGCUGCACUGCCAAAAUUGCUACUCUAAUGAUGAAGCUGGUCUCAAGUUCAGUCGAGUCUAG